AUGGGACCCGAAGACAUCUUUGGUCUUCCUCCAGCUGGACUCGACCUCACCGAAAAUGCUUCAGAUGUCAUUUGGGCCCCCAUAAUUGUCGUUAUCGUCCUUACUGUCAUCAUCUUCGCACUACGCUUCGUAGCAAAGUACAUCUCGAAGGACCCUUACAUGAAGGCGGAUGACUAUUGGUUAAUACUUGGCAUGAUCAUUAGUAUAGGCUCUGCGUCCUGUGCUUUUGAAUCUGGAAAGCAUGGGAGUGGAAAGCACAUUUGGGCCCUUAAGCCCGAAAACAUCACCAGCCUUCUCAAGAUUAUUUAUGCCGACGGUCUGAUAUACAGUACGGCUGUAACGUGCACGAAGCUCUCGAUCCUACUCUAUUAUCGACGCAUAUUUAACUUUAAAUACGUCUACUACUUCGGCCUGUUUCUCAUCAUCAGCUACUGGGUCACAGUUAUAAUUGUCCUGAAUGCUGGCUGCCGGCCCUUAUCACUUAUCUGGGAGCAAUACACAAACCCACUGCUCCUGAAAACUGGCGUAUGCAUGGACCUACCUAGGUUCUAUUGGCAGAAUGCCAUUUGGGCAAUGGCGGUCGACAUCGUCAUCUUGCUCAUGCCCAUCUAUCCGGUCUGGACAUUGCACACGACAACAGCAAACAAACUAGCUGUAUCUGGCAUGCUUGCUCUGGGAGUCUUCUUACUCGUAUGCUUUGGCAGUGUUAUCGGAGCAUGCGGUGCUCGAAUCGAAGCCAUGCAUCACCUCAUGACCGAACUCGACAAGUCCUGGUACCUAUGCCCAGCCUUCGCGUGGACAUGCGUCGAACCAUUCGUCGGAAUCAUCAGCGCAUGUCUUCCUACUCUCGGUCCUCUUGUC